UGAGCCUCAACACAGCACAGCGAGCUAGCUAACUAGUGGGUAUUUUCAUCAUGUCGUUUCAGAGUUUAUUUGUGAGCAGAGAUGAAGCUCCAAUCACCAUGGCUGUUACAGUCAUAGUGAUGUUGAUGAUUUUCUACAUGUUUAGUAGGCGGAGAGGAAGAUUGCCCCCAGGCCCAUUUCCCUGGCCUAUCGUGGGAAAUCUCCUGCAGAUGAAAGAGCUUAUCCACCGUAGCCUUUAUGACGUUUCUCAGAAAUAUGGACCAAUUGCAUCCUUGAAGUUGGGUUCUGUUACUACAAUUGUCAUUUCUUCUCCAGACAUGGCAAAAGAAAUUUUGAAGACUAAAGAUCUAAUCUUUGCGGGCCGACCUGCAACUGCUGCAGCAAAGUACAUAUUCUAUGACUUCAAGGAUGUGGGAUUCACUCCGUACGGGCCUUAUUGGAGACAGAUGAAGAAACUGUGCAUGGUGGAAUUGUUGAAUGCGAAAAGAAUCGAGUCGAUGAGCUCAAUGCGAGAGGAAGCGGUGUCUGCGGCCGUCCGAUCAGUGUGGGAGAAGAGCCGUCAUGGCACAGUUGCCGUCAAUCUUAGCAAGAUACUCUCAGCCCUUGUAAGUUCGCAAAUAUUGAAAAUCCUUUAUGGCACCGCAAUUUCUGACGAUCAGGGUGUGGGUAGCCAUGGCGAGAAAAUUAAGGAAUUGUUAUUAGAGGCCUCAAUGACUGUGGGAAUAUUCAACAUUGGAGACUUUAUUCCCUGGCUUGACUGGCUCGAUCUGCAAGGUGUAAAGCGACGAAUGAAGACAGUAAACAAGUCUCUCGACCAAAUGAUGACAACAAUAAUUGAACAGCACAGGCAGAGGAGAAGCUCAAGCUCGGGGAAGCAGCAGCCCAAUUCAAAUGACGUCAUUGAUGCUCUCUUGGACAUGCAGGCCGCCGAUUCCAUCACUAUCACAGAUGAUCACCUUAAGGGCAUUGUAUUUGAUAUUUUUGCUGCCGGAGUCGAAACAACAUACACUACAUUAGAUUGGGUGAUGAGCUCGUUGAUCCAAAAUCCUAGCGUGCAAAAGAAAUUGCAAGAGGAAGUUGAAGCCGUAGUAGGCAAAGAGAGAGCUGUACAAGAGAGUGAUCUACAAGGCAUGGAAUAUCUUUUGUGUGUGGUGAAAGAGGCGCUAAGAUUAUAUCCGCCAGUGCCGUUGCUGAUCCCACACGAGUCAACAGAAGAUUGCACUAUUGAUGGGUACUUCAUUCCUAAGAAGAGCAGGGUUUUUGUCAACACCUGGGCUUUGGGAAGAGAUCCAAAAGUUUGGAAGGAUCCAUUGGAAUUCAAGCCAGAAAGAUUUAUGGGUACAGAUAUUGAUUUUAUUAAAGGGAAGGAUUAUUUUGAUGCGGUUCCAUUUGGUUCAGGAAGGAGGGCAUGCCCUGGGGCUAGCAUGUCUAUGGCCACGUUGACUCUUGCCAUAGCUCAACUAGUGCACUGCUUUGACUGGAGAGCUGAAGGGGAAUUAGACAUGAGUGAAACCAUUGGAGUCUCCUUACCUAGAAAAUAUGAUAUUCUUGCCAUUCCCUCGUUGAGGUUGCCGACCUACCCAUGAUUUCCUAUAUCUUCAUAUUCUAUGUGGAAAUGGUACCCUAGUUAGUAUGGACACUACUUAAAUCCAUGCAUAUUUGUUGUCUUCUUAUAAAUUGCAAUAACAAUGAGUGUGAAAUGCAAGCAAUGUAGGUACAAGGGAUACCUAGCAUGUGUAGCAACCCAUAGUAGCAAUGUAGGGAAUUAUUGAUCUUUACAAAGAAAUUAAGUAUUCAUACUAGUAUUAACAAUA